UUGACCGCGGUUUGUCACCCUAGCAAUUUGUAGGCUGACUGAAAGCACGAGACUUCUCACGUUAUUUGCACAUUUUUGUUGAAUAAUUUCGUUACCGUGCCAGGAACGGUUUCAGCCCAGCCGAAAAAUUACCAUGAGGCGCAUGCGGGUGUCGGAGGAAGAGAUUACUGGGUGCACUUCCACUCAUGGUUAACCCAAAACGGCCUCGUUUACUGGAAGUAUGCAUAUAUGACAGCUUUGCUGCUGGAGACUCUCGCGUCUCGAACGUCUUGCUUUUAUUCUCCUUUGUCAUCUUAGUGAGCUUAACGUGAUUUUCCCUACUCUGAUAUAAAAAGACCUUUAUUUAAAAAAUGCGAUGCAGAAGUGAUUUUGAAGAUGGAUCCAAUCAUUUCUAAUUUAAAGAUGGAAUCUAAUAAAACAGAUGACUCCAGUUCCAGUACCACCCAUCUGUAUUCCCAGCCACUCUUGCAGCAGCACUUGGGCCAGGAUAAUGGCAUUCCUACUGUCCAUGUAAGGCCAUUUGUUUCAUCCUCACAUAAAACCACUUUUAAAAUGCCAGCUUCAAGCCACAGCACAAAUUACUCAUACUGGUCUUCUCAGCAGCAUGUGCCAGCCACAUCUCAUCUGGACCCACACAGUUGUCUAGACACAAAGGACCAUCAGUCUAUCCGGAGGUGCUCCUCGCUUUCCAACUUAUCAUUAGGAACUGAUACGUGCAAUACUAGCACAGCAGGAUAUCGGUACAACCCAAAUGCACAAGGAUCCCUAGACAGAGUUCUUCAGCAUAGGCAUAGAAGGGUACCUCAACUUUCAGAUGUCGACUUAUAUUUACCGCUACUUUCUCCCACAGCCUGCAAUAGCUUACUCCAGCACUCGCCAGGUGCCAGCACAGGUUACCAGUACAACAAUUGCAGGCUAUCCACUGGUUUGGAGGCAGAUAUGUCCCUUUUCUCACCUCUGUCUUCACCAGUGAAACAAUACAUGGACUACAGUAUUUAUCAACCCAUCUCAUACAACCAAAUGGACUCUCCACUGGGUCAUCAGACUAAUAGAACCUCCCCAGUUCAACUUGAAGCACGCACUCAGAUGUGGCUGACUGAGCACAUGGAGCACAGGCUCAAAGGAAAGUGUGGAGGUGAACUUGGUCAUAACAGUGAUACUGGAACAGAGGGCUGCGGUGGAGAUGAGCAGUCACUAUGGCAACAGCGACAUCAAUGUGAUCCAGGGCUUAAACAGAUGCUGAGAGGGACCUCCCUGCCUGUCAACAAUCUGGUUAAGGUAAAAGAGGAUCUACUGAGACAAAGAGAGCAACAGAUAAAUAGACAAAAGCUACAGAUCUUGCUACUACAUGCGCGGAUCAGAGAUAAUGAACAGAAAAUACAUCAGGUCUUAAAGAGCCAGAGAAGGUUGUUUGAUGACUCUCACACCCGAAACAUCCAGGACUCAACAAUGAGAACUUCACGCAAGCAGCCACCUGAUCAGUUGUCCUGUGAUGAAGAACUUGUUAAGAAAUUAGCUGUGGCUGAACUUGACACAAUCCAUUUCAGCAAAGUCUUCAAGCAAAUUACUCAGAAAUAUUCAGAGGAUAUCAGAAAACUGGAGGAAAGGAUAAAAACGAGGGAUCGCUACAUCUGUAGUCUAAAAAAGAAGUUUCAGCGAGAGAACAACCAAAACCAAGAAAACCAGCAACGCAUAGAGACACUGGAGAAAUACCUUUCUGACCUGCCAACAUUAGAUGAAGUACAGGUCCAGGCCAACAGGCAGGAGGAGGCACAGCAGAAAUGCAAGAAACUGGAGAAAAUAGUGUCUCACCUAAAAAAGAGCCUAGAGGAAGGAUGUACUUUGAUGAAGGACAAAGACAUCGAGAUGAAGAUGCAGGCAAAGAGAGAGAAAGAAUUGAUUGCAUCUGUACAUAGUCUACAGCAAAAGGUGCAGCAGUGUUUGGAUGAUGGAGUGAGGCUACCUAUGCAAGACUUGAAGCGGCUUGAAGUGGAAAACCAUCAGCUUAUUAAGCAGCAAGAUCACAGCAGCAAGCUGUUUAAGCAUCAACGAGAACAGAUUGAGAGACUGACCUCACAACUCAUGCAGGUGAUGGACGAAGGGUUGCUGGUGUCUUCUUUAGCCCAUGUGGAAAUUCCAGAAGUGGACCAGCUGCUGAAAGAGAUGUCCCUUUGUCUACUGGACCUCCAGGGUCUCUGCAGCAUCUUGGCUCAGAGAGCGCAGGGGAAAGAGCCCAACCUGUCUUUGCUUCUAGGAAUGACAUCGCUGACCUUUUCAGCAGAGGACAGUGACUGCAAAGUGGUGGCAGUGGAAGACAAGUUAAGGUUAAAGCUACUGGAAGUUGGCCAGCUGAGGAAAGACAUCGAUGCGCUGAGGAAAAGCAUCUCAGACUGCUACGAUCAGUUUAUGGGUGACUGCAUUUCUCAGUGACUUCUUUUCACAUUCUGUACUUCGCAGAGAAAGAAUGCAAAAUGAUACUUGUAUGAUUGCUGUGUAGUAACUGACAUCUCCCUUUGGAGCUGAGUGGACAGCACGCUCACAUAUAUAUGGGACAACCCCAAACUUCCUGUCAAAAAGUAUCCAGGUGGAGCAUGUUAAUGAACAAGGACAAUGUUUGUUAAUGUUUUCCUAAACUGUUUAAUAAGCUUU